GUCCACGGGUUUCCUAUGUGUUCUUCAAAUGCCUGGUAAUCUUGGUAUGGAAGCUGCUGGUGCUACUCCGGCCUCAAAAGACUUUAUCGGGCAGCAAGAUCCUGCUUUUCUAAGAGGCAAAGCCACUAACCCCGAGGUCCUGCACAACCUGGCAGAAUGCCGUGCGGUGUCCCGAGCCUCAGGGACAGCUCGUCUGGGUUUCAUCAGCUUGUGGGGCUGCAUUUCACCAGGCCCCUUUGCCAGGGCCUCCCCGGCGGCGUCAACAAGUGUCACACCUACUGCAGAAACAGCCCUCAAGUUUCAUCACAGUGAUGCUAAAAAAUAUUCUCCAGCUUCAGCAAUGACCUAGUUCAUUCAAGGGCAGGGGGAAAAAAUGUCUUCUUCAGGAACUUCCCCGGGCACGGAAUUUUUCCCUCUUAGGAAGAUAGGAGCUUUUCUGGGAACGUCGAAAAGACCCUGAACCCCAUAACUCCUCUGAAUCCCCAGUCCCAGGAGCAGGGACACCCAAUCAAUGCCUCCCACACAGCCUGGGGAGCCCACAGCCGAGCCAGCCCUCCAAUCACAUCUCUUGGACGAAAAGUAUUGAAAAAUUCACGCGGCAUGUAAGGAUGACAGAGUCGGGAGGGCCCCCGAGGCGCACCCUUUGUUUUCUAUCUACGUUGCUUUCCCAGAAGGUUCCUGAGAAGUCAGACGCUGUGCUCCGCUGCAUAAUAUCUGGUCAUCCCAAGCCAGAAGUAACUUGGUAUAAGAAUGGCCAAGCUAUAGAUGAGUGUGGCAUUAUUUCCAGUUAUGAAUUCUUCCAGAAUCAGUAUAUUCAUGUGUUGCAUCUCUCGUGCUGUACCCCAGGCGACGCCGCCGUUUACCAGAUCUCUGCUAAAAACUGUUCUGGAAUGAUCUGCUGUUCUGCUUCCAUUGAAGUCAAGUGCUCGGCAGAGAACCCACAGCCCUCUCCUGGCCCAAAAGAUGGCAGGGACCCAGGUCAGAAACAUGCAACAGAGUCAAGCAUUCAGGAAAGAACAAACCAGCUUGAUGAGCAUGAACAUCCUCAAAGGGGUGAAGAAAGUGUCUCCUCAGGUAGUACCGUGUCUGCUGACCGCCCCUCCUCCAAAUUCGGCUGCUUAUGCUCACCCCAGCUGUUGGCCAAUAAUGACACUGGUGGAGCCAGUUCUGAAAAUCCCUUGGAUGUUAAAGGAGCAAGGCACACCGAAGAGGCUUGUGAUCUGGAUAGCACAGAGGAAGUGGCAGAUGGGUGGCUUUCCUCUAAAUCAAGUAAGACUCCUGAUCAGCAACAUGUGUAUUGCCACAGGACGGUGCAUUGCAAAGGAUCGAAGCCAGUGGAUGGUGCCUUAAACAGCAAUGGCCCUAAUGAGGACGUCAUACACUCUGGUCAUCUGAACCCCAGAGUGCAGAAAUACAUUAGCAUCAGCCUCCCGCUGUCAGAGGGCACCGCAUCCAUUCUUCCAGGUGGCGGGGCCACGACCAACCAGCAAGUCGGCUCACAGGUGUCCAGUGAAGACUCUGACAGUGACUAUGAACUUUGCCCAGAGAUAACCCUAACCUGCACCGAGGAGUUUUCAGAUGAUGACCUAGAGUAUCUGGAAUGUUCUGACAUUAUGACGGAUUACUCUAAUGCAGUUUGGCAGAGGAACCUGCAGGGGACUGGGCAGGUUUUUUUAUUAGAAAGCAAUGACGAAGAGAUGGAAUUCAGUUCAUGUUGCCUGGGUGGGUGUGAGCAUUUCCUCAGUGAAAUGGGUUGUGGGCCUCGGGUGUCAGAUGACGUGGGGCCCAUGGAUGCCACCACUGGCUUCUGUGGUAAUCACUCACAACCCCAAGAAGUAGGGGUGAGGAGCAGCCAAGCCUCCACCCACAGUCCCUCAUCCCUGCGAAAGGGGAUGAUUCUGACUUUGGGGCCUCACCAGGAUGUCACAGCCACGGUGACAGACCAGGCGAGAGAUAAACUACCCCCUGCUUCUGAGGCUGCUGAAAAUGAUUAUCCCGGAAUUCGGAGAGAAACCAGAGACAGCCACCCGGCAGGAGAGGAAUUCACCAGUGACAAUCUGCUAACCAUGGAUAAAGCAGUGACAGAGACGGCGAUGAAGCACUUGUCUGGUGAGCUAGAAAAGUCGGGGGCGGACCAGUGGUUGGAGACAGCGGCCGAGGAAAAGGUAGCGGUCGGGGCUUCACUGAGCAAGAGGGGCUCCAAGGUACCUGCCAGUGCGAGGCGGCCAGGAACUAAAGGAAACCCCAAGAAGCCGAGCCCCGCCGUGAAAGAAAGCGCAACCAAAGGUACCCGUAAUCUCCUCUAUCCCAAAGAGCCUGUUAAGCACCCAUUAACCCAGAGUGAUAAAAGAGACGGUCCUUGUGCCAAAGCAGAAGCUGUCGAUUGGAAUUCCCAGUUCCGUGCAGGAGAAUGUGCUCUUCCAGCCCAAGCGGAGCAAGAAGCAAAAACCCUGCAGGUUGCCCUGGGCUCACCCCCUCAAGGAGGGAGCUCAAGCUUUGAGGGAGAAGGGGUGUUGGUCAAUCACCUAUUUGAAAUAAGCGGGGUUCCAGACUGCAGUGCUCAUCCUCAGGUGCAAAUUCCAGAGCCAGUCAGGGGGAGAGGCUCUCUCAGCCAGAUGCCAGCUUUCUCAGAGCCUGCUGGGGAGCAGUCUGCACUUGCUGGCACCACAACAAACCCCUUCCCCAACUUAGGAGGGAUCGACGAAGAAUACACAUCACUGGGCCAAUACCUGGAGCUAGGAAGUUGUACUCAACGCCCCCAGCGUGGAGAAAACCGAGAUGGAAAAGACCACACACUUGGAAGUUCCUGGGAAGACCUCAGACAUGACCUGAGCAUCCCAGAUGCCAAUAAGGAAAAUAGGUCCCCCUGGGAGCUGUCAGUGCUUCUCCCCCAGGAAGGCAGCGCUGACCCUAAAGAGCCCAAGCCUCUCUCUGUUGCUUCCCCUGAACCCACAGAUACCAUCCCCACCCUGCAAGCUACGCAUGAUGGGCCAAGGGGCAGAGAAGCAGCGUGCGUGUUGGAGCAUCUGGAAGCACGUGGCCAAGGAGCAUGGGAGACUGUGGGUUCCCCUGUGGGAGCCCCCGGUGAUAAAUACUGGCCUCACAAUAUUUGCUCCAUGGACUUAGAAUUGGCAAGAAGUCACAGCGAAGUAUCUGAUUCACGUUCUCCCGAAGACAAGACACCAGGCAUUGUUUAUCAAACGCGAGGUUCUGAGCCUCCUCAGCCACCACGCGAGCGCGCCAAGGAGAGAAACUCCACCAUGCCCCGUCUUUUUACCAGUACUUUCACCUGGAACAUUUCACAAAAAGCCAGUGAAGGUGGCACAGAGAAAAAAUUCGCGGCGGUGGAGAAUUUCACCCCCACGUUGGUUUCCACAGGACAGGCUGGCCAGGGGGUGCUGAGCCCCGGCAACUUAGGAGGGCUUGAGGGAAGACAGCCUCUGUGUUCUGAGAAGACCUCUUUUGUGCAGUUUCCAGAAAGAGGUAACGAGAGCCCCAGUAACAGUGCCCCAGACACCGCAGACACACCAGCCAGGGAUGGUUCGGUUGGGAUGCUCCCUCACGAGAAACCAACGACUGUAACCGCUGAUCUGGAGGGUCUUCAGGUGACCAGGGAGAGUGGGGACACAUCAACAGUUACCAUUGCCACCAAAGUCCACCCAGCCAAAUACCUCCCUGUCUCAAUUGCUGAGAACAGUCAUGCAGACGGUCCCAAGGAAAGCUCGCCUCAGGCACCAGAUGAACAUAUUUUCCAGCUUACUUCCCAAGCUCCACUGGGUCAUAUUUUAAAUGAUCCCACAACCGAAUCUCUAAAGGAGUCCUUUUGCAUGGCUCCCAGUGGACCAGGAAUCCAACGCCACAUUCCCCGGUUCCCAGAGGGCCUCUGUAGUAGCUGCCCUCUCCAGACUGACCACCAUUCUGGAGAUAAGGGUAUGACUGUGGACUGGACAGACAGUAGGAGCCUUGAGGAGGAUUUCCAGGAAAAAGGAAGUGAAACAACCCAGAGGAUCCAGCAGGAGAGCUUAUCCCAACAGAGUUUUGCUUCCGAAGAGGAUUUCCAAGAAAGUUGGUCCAUGACAUCUGUUGCCCAAGGGGAAAUAAACCCAGUGGCCUUGGACCACUCACCAGCCAACUCCAGGGAAGAGAGAGGGCAGAGCUCAGGCCUGGAGACUAGUGUGUGCAAGGGGGUUGAAGCCACCAUGGAAGAUGGCGGUCAGGCUCUGAGCCACACUCCACCUCUCUCUGAUAUCGUCCUGGAAGGGUCUAGAGAGAGCGGGCCAGGACUUUGGAAAACAGGCAGCAAGCUGAAGAUUAUAACUCUGGAUGCUCCCGUUUCAGAAGCCUGGCUACCAAGACAGCACACAGGUUCUGAGUGCAAGGAGUUAGAAGCCCGUCCCAUAAUUCCUGACAGGGUCUGGGCUCUAUCGGACAUUCUCAAGGCUCACAGUCCUCAGGCUGAGUCUGGCCCAGCCCUUGUAAAUAACAGAGGAACCCAUGUACGUGAAAAACCCACCACCCAUGCAUAUUGGAGUAGCCUUUCUUCCCAGUAUUUGAGCCAACCCAGAUUCCUGGAGUCAUCUGUGGAUCCUGUAGACGAAAAGGAAUUACACGUCACAGAUUUGUUACCAGAGGCUUCCAAAACCAGAGAGAAAGAAAAUGUGAGUAUUGUGAGUCGAAGCCGAGAGGAGAGCCAAAUCAAGGUGGAUCACGCUGCCUUCUUUAAACAGUUUUUGACUGGCCCUAAAAUUGUAGAGUCGUCUGUAGACCCCACCGAUGAAACAGGUGUGACGGUGUGCAGGGGGGCUGAGACAGCAGGGCCUUCCGAAUCCACACCGGCUGUCAUCACAGAGGAGAGUAAACCGAACGAUGGGCAUGUGGGCCAGAGACUGGAAUUCCAACCUGCCAUCUUGCAAGUCCCACAUCCUGAUGAAAGUGGGGAAACCAUUCAAAGCGGAUGUAGAAUAAGCCAAAUACAAGAAGGCGGCAAGAGAAGCUCAGGGGAGGCCGAACAAAGUAAAGACAACCAAGCAGAACCUGUUUUCGCCACUUCACCUCUUUCUAACUGUCUUGCAGUAAUGACUCAUGCAUCUGUUGGCGUCGAUAGUCACAGCUCCACAGGUCAAGUUCAUGACGUCCCUGAGAAUGAUUUAGUUGAGCCCCAAAACCACCAAUAUGCAUUUUCUGACUCAAAGGAAAGGAGAGCUGUUGAGAGUGAGUGUGGGAAACACUCCCCCUCUUCUAGUGGUCUUGCUCCGUUGCCCUUUGCCUCAUCUCCCGAAGGAAACAUCUCAAACUUUUCAGUAAGCCACACUCUCCAGGAACCUCAAAGAGAGGAGCCCCGCACUCGGGAAACCAAGCCUGUGAGGGCAUCUGGGUCCCCAGCAGUGACCUUGGCACCCGUUUCAGGUGAAUGUGCCUCAGAGAAAGCUCCGAUGACACCACAGUACCUGUGUCAACAGGGCUCCAACGUGGGCUGUGGUCAAAGAAUCAGGGAACAGAAGCUCGAUCACACGGCAGCCCAGACCCUCAGAUUCCCAAAGGCCCCCACUGCAGUGAGUGUCUCAGACCAGUUCAUGAAGCAAGAAACCUCAGGGAGUGGACAUUUAGCUGAGGGGGUAAAGAAGAAAAUUCUAUCCAGGGUGGCCGCCCUGAGGCUGAGAUUGGAAGAGAAGGAAAACGUCCUAAAGGGUUCAAGCUUUCUUAAGAAGAUUCCUAAACUCGAAACACCAGCAUCGCGCACCGAGGAGAAAAGAGACAUCAAAAAGCCACCUUGCAAAAGAGAAGGGAAAGCUCCAAUAUUACUAAAAAGGAUCCAAGCCGAAAUGUUCCCUGACCACUCCAGGAAUGUAAAAUUAAGCUGCCAGUUUGCAGAAAUUCAUGAAGAUUCUACGAUCUGGUGGACAAAGGAUUCAAAGCCAAUAGCCCAAGUGCAGAGAAGUGCUGGUGAUAACUCCGCUGUGUCCUUGGCCAUUGCCCAAGCCGGUCAGAAGGAUGAGGGCAUCUAUUGUUGCUGCAUCAAGAACAGUUACGGCAAAGCGACCACUGAGUUUAACCUUACCGCUGAAGUUCUGAAGCAACUUGCAAGUCACCAGGAUAUGAAAGGAUGUGAAGAGAUUGAAUUCAGCCAACUCAUCUUCAGAGAAGACUUCCUCAGUGACAGCUACUUUGGGGACCACCUGCGAGGUCAGAUUGCCACAGAGGAGCUGCACUUUGGAGAAGGCGUCCACCGAAAAGCCUUCCGCAGCAAAGUGAUGCAGGGCCUCAUGCCUGUCUUCCAGCCCGGCCACGCCUGCGUGCUCAAGGUGCACAACGCUGUUGCCUACGGGACCAGAAACAACGAUGAGCUCAUCCAGAGGAACUACAAACUCGCUGCCCAGGAAUGCUAUGUCCAAAAUACUGCCAGACACUAUGCCAAGAUCUAUGCUGCUGAGGCGCAGCCUCUAGAAGGCUUUGGAGAAGUGCCAGAGAUAAUCCCUAUUUUUCUUAUCCACCGACCGGAGAACAAAAUCCCUUACGCCACGGUGGAGGAGGAACUAAUUGGAGAAUUUGUGAAGUAUUCCAUCAGGGACGGGAAGGAAAUAAACUUCCGGAGAAGAGAAUCCGAGGCCGGCCAGAAGUGUUGCACCUUCCAGCACUGGGUGUACCAGAGGACAAGCGGCUGCCUCCUGGUCACAGACAUGCAGGGUGUGGGAAUGAAGCUAACUGACGUUGGCAUAGCAACACUGGCUAAAGGGUACAAAGGAUUCAAAGGCAACUGUUCCAUGACCUUCAUCGAUCAGUUUAAAGCACUGCACCAGUGUAACAAGUAUUGUAAAAUGCUGGGGCUGAAGUCACUUCAAAACAACAGCCAGAAACAGAAGAAGCCAACUGUCAGUAAAAGCAGAGUUCAGCCAAACUCCACAGCUGUAAAGAAGAUGGCGCCCGGGAGCCCAGCGGAAAAGAAAACCUCGCGGCCCAUGUGAGCUAAGGGCCAGCACCCAGCAGCGCAUAGUCUUGUGGACACACAGAGUCUGGAAACACUCAAGAGAGAACACGUAGCCCACAGAGAAGCGGUGACAGUCCUAUUUCCGGCUGCCUGUGCCCCACGCUGCUUCCAAACUCAUCACCUGCUGUCCUCCCUGAGAUGAUCUCAGAGCAGGAUUUGUGACCAGAUGUACGGAGAGACGGAAUCAGCUGUCACUCCCAAAGACAGUCCAUCUUUUUUUUUUUAUCAACUUCACGUUAUUUGUCUAUUUGUGUGUUUGCACGCGGUCAUGUUGUCAGGGUCUUGGUGCUGAGCAGGGUCUGUCCACAGCCUCCACCCCCCCCCACCCCCAUUCCUAACCUUGGGAUUUCUAGAUGCCUCCAACUGCUGUAUAAACAGAAAACGUGAAUUCCUUCACUGGGUCAAGUUGUCUCGCUAGUGUUGAAUGUGCUGUUGUUGCCAGAGGUGGCUUCCAAGCAUAAGGCCAUUUCCCUCAUUAUUCACACAUCCGGCUGUAAUU